AUGGCAAGCGGAAUUCAAGAAGAUAUUCCUGUACAAAUGCACGUCGUACGCCAACAAGCAAGAAAUUCCAUCGGUCAAAAUCCACAGAAUCCAAGAUGGCGUCCRAAAACACAGGAACCCCAAGCCCAGCAAGGCGUGAAACCACAGGGAUCCCADGAAAACUACAGACGCGCACCACAAGAAUACCAAAGCACGAAAUGCUACAAUUGUGGAGGARCCCAUAACGGAUMAGAAAGAUGCCCGGCAAAAGGACAGUUUUGCCAUUACUGUAACAAACUGAACCAMUUCGCACAGGUCUGCAGACAGAAAAAACAAGUAAGCCAAAUUGAAAGCCACGAUGAAGACCAGGACCAGUUCGACUCCCUGACAUUCCUGUCCAUUAAAUUAGACAUAAAUCACAUUACUGAGGACGCAUUAUCCAAGCAGUCGAUAUUUGUGACAGUCGACRUGGAACUACCCCAGCAAAAGCAGCUUCAGACGAAACUCAGAGCCAAAGUUGACACAGGGGCUCAAGGGAACAWCUUGCCAAUCAGACUAUAUCGUCAAAUGUUUCCUGAGAACAUCGAUAACCACACCCAAUUGCCUAAAGGAGGAGUCCUCGGAAAAUCAAAAACAAUCUUAACAGCAUACGRUGGAACAAGAAUUCAUCACUAUGGUACUGUGAAAAUUCCAUGUAAAUUCAAGAACAAAGAAACAAGAGCAACCUUCUACGUUACAGAUGCCCCUGGAAAUGCAAUAAUCGGCCUACCAACAUGCCAGAAGCUCAACCUCAUCAAAUUCAACUACGGAAUCAGCAAACAAGUUCAAGACCACGUCACAGACAAAAAGCCCAUCACAGACAAGAAAGACCUGGUCCAGCAAUUUCCAGAGUGCUUCGAUGGAAUCGGAAAAUUCGAAGGAGAAUAUAAGAUCAUACUAGACCCCACUAUACCACCAGUAGUCCAUCCACCAAGAAAGGUACCACUAAGUAUGAMAGRUGACAUCAAAGCAGAGCUAGAAGAAAUGGAAAAGAACAAAAUCAUCACCAAAAUCAAGGAAGGAGAACCAACAGUAUGGGUGAAUAGUUUGGUCUACCGGCGUAAAAGCAACGGUCGACUACGAAURUGCCUAGAUCCAAAAGACUUGAACAGAGCUAUCUUACGAGAACACCAUGUUACCCCAACAUUGGAGGAGUUACUACCCAAGCUGAGCGGAGCAAAGACAUUCUCCAUCGUUGAUGCCAAAUGUGGAUAUUGGAACAUUGUCUUAGAUAAGGCGUCCAGCUAUCUAACUACCUUUAAUUCUCCCUUCGGGCGAUACARGUUCAAUAGAAUGCCCUUUGGUUUGAAGAUGUCACAGGAUGUGUUUCAGACGAAAAUCGAUCAGACCUUUGAAGGAUGUCCAGGUGUGGUAGGAAUUGCAGAUGAUAUCGUCGUCUUCGGAAAAACAGAAGACGACCACGACAACAACAUGUAYGGAAUGAUCCAGCRAUGCAGAGAAACAGGACUCAAACUAAACCCCGACAAAUGCGUGAUCAAGCAGAAGGAAAUCAAAUUCUACRGCAUCAUUUGUGGCCRARAAGGAGUCCGCCCAGAYCCAGAUAAAGUCUCAGCAAUUAAGCAGAUGAAACCACCAUGCAACAGACAAGAGUUACAAACCUUCUUAGGUCUUGCUAACUACAUGGGCCCAUUCAUCCCAAACCUGAGCAGCCACACAGCGCCUCUGCGAGAACUCCUCAAAGAAAAGAACGAAUUCAAGUGGAGCUCUUCACASCAAGCGUCUUUCGAUAACGUAAAAGAUAGCAUCAGUGACGAGACAACCCUGACCUACUUCAACACUGCAAAAGAAACAACCUUACAGGUCGAUGCGUCACUAAAAGGCAUCGGGGCUGUUCUCCUCCAAGACAACAAACCUGUUGCUUUUGCCAGCAAAGCUCUUACGGACACASAAUCCAGAUAUGCAAAUAUCGAACGAGAACUGUUAGCAGUUGUUUAUGGCUGUGAACGAUUUCACACAUACAUCUAUGGUCGCAGCAUAACCGUCCAGACAGAUCAUAAGCCAUUGGAGAGUAUCCACCUAAAACACCUAAUGGCYGCUCCUCCAAGAAUGCUACUCAGMCUGCAGCCCUACAACAUAACCAUACGAUACAAACCGGGCAGAGAGAUGGAGCUUGCUGACGCAUUUUCCAGACUAUCUCCAGAAGAGAAAGGACCAAUCCCCGAUCUUAAUGUAGAAAUUCACCAGAUCAUCCCRCAGUUCAGCGAGUMCUUCAUAGAGAGAAUUGCGAAGAACACCACCUCUGAUGCUGAACUGAUUGCACUCAAGGAACAGGUUUAUGUCSGAUGGCCCCAAAAGAAAGAACAAGUGCCACAGAUAAUAAGGGACUAUUGGUCAUAUAGAGRUGAAAUAGCCAUCGAAGAAGGAGUCCUGCUGAAAAGUCACCGCAUCAUUAUACCGAAAGAAAUGCAAGCCGACAUCCUSAGGAAACUCCAUGAGCCCCAUCAAGGCACAGAAAAGACUAGACUCCRCUCAAGAGCCUCCGUCUACUGGAGGGGUAUGAACAAGGACAUUGAGGAGGUAACAAAGUCAUGUGUCACAUGCCAGGAGUUACAGGACAGCCAACGGAAGGAACCAUUAAACCCAGCCGAAACUCCACCUAGAGCGUGGCAUACAGUUGGAACAGUAUUAUUCCAACUUGACGGGUCAGACUACCUCCUGAUAGCUGACUACUACUCAAAAUCUUCAGCGAGCAAGGUAUUCCCCCGAGUCGUGAGAUCUGACAAUGGGCCCCAGUACGAUGGUCAAUCCUUCAGAGAUUUUGCAGAGGAAUACGGAUUUCRACAUAUCACAAGUUCCCCUAAUUUUCCGCAAAGCAACGGAUUCAUAGAGUCACAAGUGAAGAUCGUAAAGGCCACCCUCAAGAAAGCACAACAGGCCAAGACUGACCCGUACAUGGCACUGCUUUGUCUGAGAACCACACCCAUAGACAACAAAUUGCCGACACCGGCUGAACUUCUCCUUGGACGACCCAUACAAGACAACCUUCCAAGAAAGAUCCAAAGAGAUAACACGAGUGACGAAAUAAUCGAAAGGCUUCAACAUAGACAGCAACAACAGAAACAUUAUUAUGACAGAGGGUCCAGACCGCUUCCAGAGCUCCAUGCCGGUCAACACGUCAACAUUCAGGAACCUACCACCCUCAAGUGGACACCUGCUGUAGUGAAAGAAAACAUUCCGAGUCUUCCUCGAUCAUACACGGUAACAACGUCUGAAGGAAGAGACCCGAGACGCAAUCGCCACCACAUAAGAGAAGCACCUCUUCCGUCCAAGCUCAAGGAUAACCAUUCCCAGCAGGAUUCACCAAACGAGAACGUCACAACUCCUCAAGAGGGUCACAACAUCACAAGGAGUGGGCGAACUUUACUUCAUAACUUCUUGAAAAUAACGUCAAGUGAAUCGCAAACUUCGUCUUCAUCUUCCGGGGAAGACAUAGAGUCAGCAAGUUCUGAAACUAACGAGAUAGAGAAUGUUUUUACGCCUUAUAUUGACGACCCGCUUGCAGACGACRAAUGGAGCGAUGGCGAAGAAAAUGAAGAUGCAGAUGGCUUAACUCCUGCCGUGUUAGAAAGGAGAUACAAUGGAACGGACCUUGGAGAAAAUUUACUUCUCAGAGCAACUGCUUAUAGAAGGCUUAUUCGAUGGAUAUGUGGAUAUUUAGGAUGGCAAAACUCCAGGCCUCUUUCGGCAUAUGAAAAGAUGACAUCUGAUAAAAUUAUCUGUUACAGUACCUUCAGGAGAACCACGGGUAAAACAAGCCAGGCUUCAAUGUUUGGGUUAAGAAAACUGUMCAGAGAUGAAAUAGGAAAGACCAUGAACAAGAAAUGGAGAGAGCAUCAGUCUGGACUUUUGAUAGGUGAUGCUGCAAAGCUAAAAAGUGCUGCUUCUCAUCAAAAGUCCUCAACUAUUAAGAGGAAUGUGGACAGAAUUMCUGCGGAUAUUGAGGAACUUGGAAAGAUGGACAGAGAGUUCGUGGAUGUUAAUGAUGUAAAUACAAGGAAACAUUUGGAKGCAAAAAGAAAAUUCUUAAUGUCAGACCUCAAGAAAGCCAAUGAAGCUGCCAGAAAGAACAUCAAAAAAGCUAAAAAUAGUUAG